AUGGCGAUGAUGAUGACUGGCCGUGUGCUGCUGGUGUGUGCUCUCUGCGUGCUGUGGUGCGGUACUUCUGGCGGUAGAUGUGACGAGGAUGUUCGGGUUACUGAAGAGAAAAAAGAAUCAUCGGGGGAUUUGCAGCCCGUAACUCCUGUUGCUGCUGCAGGAAAACAGCACGCGGAGCCAAUUAAUCAAGAUUCCGAUCUCGUGAGGCAACCGUUGGUUAAAGAUUUAGAAGGCCCUUCACCAAAGCACCAAACAGAUGAUAAAGUCUUGGGCGUGGUUGAUAAUGAAGACGAUGUUACGGAUAAAGAAAAGGAAGAAAGAGAUAAAGCACAAGAAGGGGCACCUGAUGGUCAAACGCAAGAAGAAGAAGAAGUACCGCCACCACCUUCACUUCUUUCUCCAGCACCACUACAAUCACCACCACCACCAGCAGCAUCGGAUGGAACUCAACCCGGUGGCGGUCCUGGUGCCGACAGUUCUGGAGGAGGUUCCAACGGAAGUGGAAGUUCCAUUGGAGGUGGAGGCUCGAAUUUAGAGACUCUUGCUCAUAAUGGUGGCAAUCAAUCUGCUUUUGGGAGUUUAGGUUACGGUGGUGAAACUGGCUCUUUCUCUGGUGGAGCGGGAAAAGGCGGAGUCGACAUUGGCAGUCCUCGAGGUGAUUUCUCGGAUUCUUCUCUUUCUGCGGAUGGUACUUUUUUAUCUCCCGCCCCCGAUGCACCAUCUUCGCAGGGUACGCAAUCUUCAGCAAACGUUGAGCGGUCAAAGACAAUGCCUGCAGGGUUACCAUUGCCCAACGUGAAUGCACCAAAGGGACCAGAAUCCAAAGCAGGAUCACUGCCCCCGAAUACACAAGAGAAAGCAAAAUGCUCAGAUGCUAAUGGGGGUGCAGCUGGAAACAAGGCAAAGCAAAGUGACGUGGAGACGGAAGAUCCUUCCAGUUCGUUUGCUAACACCGGCGACCAAACAGUAGAAAAAACGCUAUUAUUACCACAAACACCGGCAGUACUACUGCCAGUUCCAUCAGCAGAACUAUCCCCAGAAGUGCCACCAGUAACUCCUGUACAGGCAAAUCCAGACGGAGAAGGAGGCCUACCAACAGCACCAAGAGCCUCAGAGGCCUCAAAAAGAGAAAUGCAGAACAAGGCAUCGUCACCCAACAAAACGGGGUCCGAAUCACCGGACCGUCCUUCAAAGGAUGGUAUGCAAGAGCAAAAAGAUAAAGUCACAACGCAAUUGAAUACGACGAAAAAAGCAUCUGCCGGCGGUUUAGCGGAAACAACAGCAAAAUCCAUCUCUGCAAAUGAAAAUGGCGAUGUCCAGAAUAAGGAGGAUGAGGAUGAUGCUCGGCAGCCCAAACCCAACAGACCGCAGGACGACGCCGAAGCUGGCAACACCAACGUCGCUCCUACAGUCAGUGAGGCAGCAAUACAAACAGCGGAAACAGUCACCACCUCCAGAAAAAAUGACACGGCGCCGCCUGAAGACAGCGACGGCAGCACCGCGGCCUUCCACACCACCUCCCCUCUUUUGCUUCUUCUUCUUGUUUUUGCAUGUGCGGCUGCUGCUGCGGUGGAGGCCGCGUGA